UUUGCCUUUUGUGCUGCUAGAUGGCAGUAUUUUGCAGGUAAUGCCUUUGCUGGGUUCAUGCACAUGGAUGACGUCACACACGGAAGCCCUUACCCUGUGGAGCUGGAAAUCAAAUGACACUUGAAUGACUUCUGUCUUACCCGUCCGAAUGCAACAAAUGUCUCCAACGGAGGAGUUGGUCAAGCAGUGGGAAAGUGAGCAGGCCAUUCUCAGAGAGCAGGUGGUGGAGGAGGACACGGAAGACUGGCAGAAGAGCCCAGACUUCUCGGGGCUGGAACGGGUCGCUGGACUGGACCUCUCCUUCAUCAAAGGUGAUGACGUCAGUGCCUGCGCCCAGCUCGUCGUGCUCAGCUACCCUGUUCUUGAGGUGCUCUAUGAGGACAGUCAGAUGGUGACCCUAACAGCCCCCUACAUGGCAGGCUUUCUAGCCUUCAGAGAAACCCCUUUCCUCUUGGAUGCUCUGCAGCGGCUUGAAAGGGACAAGCCCACUCUUCUGCCUCAGGUGCUGUUUGUGGAUGGCAAUGGUCUCUUUCACUACAGAGAAUUUGGACUGGCAUGUCAUAUUGGAGUGCUGUCAGGGCUGCCAUGUGUGGGUGUUGCCAAGAACCUACUCCAAGUCCAGGGUGUGUACAAAAAUGAAGAACACCAGUCUCAGAUUUCAGCACUGCAGAAAGGAGGAGACAACUUUCCACUCAUAGCAACCUCUGGUAAAGUGCUUGGAAAGGCACUGCGUAGCUCAGACAAGAGCACCAAGCCAGUCUAUGUGUCAGUUGGCCACAAGAUCAGUCUGGAUACUGCUGUGAAGCUCACACACUCCUGCAGCCGCUUCAGAGUCCCGGAGCCAAUCAGACAGGCUGACUAUCGCUCCAGAGAGUACCUCCGUGCUCACUUCCCUGCUGCAGCGACAGGAAGCACGGAAUGAGAAAGGGAGUGAUGCGGCAAGAUCUCAGGAACUUCAGCAAAGAUCAGCAACUUUGCUGUCUUCUGUGUGCGUGCGUCUCUGUGUGUGGGCGGGUGAGAGAGAGUGCUUUUUUUUUAGCUUUUAAAAAUGCAGGUGUUCUGAGAAGACAAGUUCAGAUUGUAAGUUUUAAUGCACUCGCCCUACAUUUAAAGUGGAUAUGGGUCAGGUUGACUCUUUUUAUAUACUGUUCUCAUUACAUUUUUGGGUCAGUCUGAUUUUUUUUCAGAGGGCGCCUUUUAAAUAAAUG